AUGAACGUGGCGCUGAGCUUCCUGGAGCAAGAGAAGCAGAUCCUGGAUGGGAUCCUGGGACCCGACAGAUACGACGCCCGCAUCCGGCCACUCGGUCUCAACCGGACGGAGGAUCCAGCGGUCAUAACCAUCAACUUCUUCCUGCGAGGAAUCACUGAAAUCGACGAUAUCGCCAUGGAUUACACCGUGCAGCUGACCUUCCGAGAACAGUGGAAGGACGAGAGGCUCAAAUUCGACAACAUGGGAGGGAAGGUGAAGUACCUAGUCCUGGUGGAUCCGAAGAAGAUGUGGAUGCCGGAUCUGUUCUUCCAGAACGAGAGGGAAGCGAACCUGCACAACAUCCUCCUGCCGAAUGUGUUCGUGCGGAUCACGCCGGACGGCCAGGUCCUGUACAGCAUCAGGUCAGCAUCAGCAUCGUCGGCAUCAGGACGGCCUUUUCGCAUUCAUUUCUUGUUCCUUCCUCUUGAUGUUCAUCUACUUUCUGUCUCGUUGCUCACGCGUUCCCGAGUCCGUGACGGAUGGACGACCGAGGAUCUCGUGCUCCGAUGGAAAGACUCGGCCCCCGUGCAGAUCGUGAAGAACCUCACCAUCCCCAAAUUCACGCUGGAAGAAUACUCCACCGACCGCUGCAACAGCGUAACUAACACCGGGGAAUACGGCUGCCUCCGAGUGAACUUCACGUUCAAGCGAGAGUUCAGCCACCACUUCACGCAAAUCUACGUCCCCUCGUGCCUGUUGGUCAUCGCCUCGUGGGUGUCCUCCUGGCUGGAUGGCAAGGAGGCGGUGGCCAGAAUGAGCCUGGGCGUGGUCUCCCUGCUCGCCUUGGUCGUGCAGAGCUCCUUCGUCCAUGCUUCCCUUCCGCCGCUGUCCUAUCCGACUGCCAUCGACGUGUGGAUGGGGGCAUGCAUGACCUUCGCCUUCCUGGCCCUGUUGGAAUCGGUCGUCGUGACCCACGCCUCCCAGUCCGAGGCGAAUUGGCUACUACCGCAGACGGAGUUGGAGUCCGUGCCCUUCGAGAGGGAGAGACCCAGUCUAGGGAGCCAGUCGCGGUGGAGUGUGAACCAGCCGCGGUGGAACGGUAUCCGGUGGCCACCGGAAAGGGUCGACGCCGCCUGCCGUUCCGCCUUCCCCGCCUGCUUCGCCUUCUUCAACGUCGUCUACUGGUGUUACUUCCUCUAA